AUGGGUGCGUCAUCCCUGGUGUUCCAGUGCACUUGGCCCGGAUGCGGCAACACGGAUGUUUCCCGGAAAUCUAUCGAGCAACAUGUCAGGCAGGUGCAUCUGGGGCCAAAAACCUCAUCUUCCUCCGGUUCGCCAGACUCAGGAAUCUCAGGCUCCGGUUCGAACGCCUCCAGACGCCGCUCGCGGCGCCACUCGCGUCGCCGUCGCCACACUUCAUCCCUCUGCGACGUUCCCGACAGGAUAAUCGACGACGAAAAUAGGUUGUCGGAUGACCAGUUAUCCGACGAGGAUGGUAAUAUCGAUGACGAUGAUUCCAGUUCGAGCUGCUGCUCCUCCGAUCACGAAGAAGAGUUCUAUUACACCGAAGUUGAGAGAUGUGACGCUGGCAGGCCGGCGCCACCGUCGCCCCCUACUUUGUCGCACAGAGAUAUGGCCAGGCCGCCGCACGAGGAUCCUGAGUAUCAGAAGAAGAUCGUAGGCAAUAUGAGGCAAGGAUUGCUGAUGUGCAAACCAAUAAAUAUACCAAGCAAUUUGCAGCAGCACCCAACACCAGCCUUGCACAUAAUGGAUAUUAUAUUUUUCUAG